AUGAGAAAACUGAAAUACAUAAAGAACUUCCACCAGUUUGACCUAGAAUUCAAGAAGGAUUGCGAGGAGGGAAAACUACCAAACUAUGUGGUAAUCGAACAGAGAUAUUUCGAGACAAAACUGUUACCUGGGAACGAUGAUCAUCCUUCUCAUGAUGUCUCUGAAGGACAGAAAUUUAUUAAGAAAGUCUAUGAAGCAUUGAGAUCAAGUCCACAGUGGAAUGAAAUCUUGUUCAUCAUAAUUUACGAUGAACAUGGUGGUUUCUAUGAUCAUGUCCCGACUCCAGUCGCCGGAGUCCCAAGUCCCGAUGACAUUGUUGGUCCUGAACCGUAUGAUUUUAAGUUUGAUCGGCUUGGGGUUAGGGUUCCGGCCAUCUUGAUAUCUCCAUGGAUUGAACGUGGAACUGUGCUGCAUGGACCACCAGGGCCAUAUCCUACAUCAGAAUUUGAGCAUUCCUCAAUUCCAGCAACUGUCAAGAAGAUUUUCAAUCUUCCAGAGUUUUUGACAAAGAGAGAUGCAUGGGCUGGCACUCUUGAUGUUGUUCUUAGCAGGGAUAGCCCAAGAACAGAUUGUCCAGUUACUUUGCCGGAGCCGGUGAAGCUCCGAGACACCGGACCAAACGAAGAGGCAAAACUCAGUGAAUAUCAACAAGAAAUGGUACAAAUGGCUGCGGUAUUGAAGGGUGACCAUGUGAAGGACAUUUAUCCACACAAAAUAGUUGAAAACAUGAGAGUUGUAGAGGCUGUUGGCUAUGUUGGAGAGGCAUUUCAGAACUUCUUAGAUGAAUGUGAGAAUGCUAUUAAAGCUGGAGCUGAUGAAUCUCAUAUAGUUUGUCUGGCAAACCCAAGUAAAAGGAGAUCAACCAAGUCCUUUGCCCAGAAGAUAUUUUCAUGUUUAGUUUGUGAUAAUUAA